UAUUGGUCAGAUGCAAUUUAUAAAUAUAUUACGCUUUCAGCCAUUUCUUAUCGUAUGGAAACAUGAUCUUUCUGUUGAACUUGUGCGUAUAAUGAACAAGCGUAUACUGAUAUAUAAUGUAUAUAACGAGUAACGUUAUAACGUCUGCACUUAUGUAUAUGGAUCUAUUUAAUUAGCAUUGUAAAUUUAUUGUAGUGUAACGCUGAACAUUCGUGACUGUAGAUGAGUGUGGUAAAUGUCUACUAAUGCAUUAUUGGACCGCCGUCAGCAAUGGGCGACCUUUGCGAGAUCCUGGUUCCUGAUAGACGCGAGGAUGCAGCCUGUUGGAAAGAUCGCCGCUUUGUGUUCAGUGCAUCUUCAAGGAAAGCAUAAACCCAUUUACCAUCCACUGAGUGAUAUCGGAGACCACGUGGUAGUCAUGAACACCAAACACAUCGCCUUCUCCGGAAAUAAAUGGGAACAGAAAGUGUAUUCAUCUCACACUGGCUACCCUGGUUCGUUCAAACAGGUCACAGCAGCCCAAAUGCACCAAAAAGACCAAACAGCCCGACAGUCGGAGCCCAUCCGUAGUCGAGGCACGCAAGCUGCUGACCCCGAAUGGGUUUUCUUCUGUGGGAUGCAACUGAAGAAGUAUAGUGUAUUUGCUGCACCAUGGCCCAGAAAAAGCCAGCUCGGAUUCAUCCCGUGCCGCCCCACAUCCUCUCCAGCGUUCUGCUCGUUCUCUGUCAUUAACAAGAUGAAUGCUCGACUUGGGCUGAGUUAUUCCAGUCGAGGGGGGAAUGUAUCAGGGAUAAUUGUGGAUAAUGAUCAGAGGAAGGUGAAGGAGUGGUGAAGAGCGAUACCCCCUCAGACAGCUUUCAUCCAUCAAACAUCUACCAGACGGAGGAAAAGUCCCUGAUUAAUGUCCUGAUGAAAGAAUGAUGGGGUCGGGUUGGUGUUUUGCGGAUGGGUGGAUGACGGGUCAGAAGUGGACACUUGUGUAUUCAUUUCGUUGUGGUGUAAGCAAAGGGACCGAUAUUUAUUAGUUAAAUUGUGACCAGUGCAGUGCCACACUUGCGUAGUAUUUAUGUGAAUUUUAAAUUUGACGGACAUGAUUGCUUUCACUUUUUGGUUGUGUUCAAAUAACACAGACACAUUAUCCACCCUUUUUAUUCCAAUGUAAAUAAUAAUACAACACCCAUAAAAAUAGCCUUAUUAAUGUAAAAUGCAUGUUGCGUUUUAAUUAUAAAUGAAUUUUAAUAAUUGUACAUUAAUUAUAAAUCAUCUGUAAGCUAAAUAAAAAAGGUUUUCCAUUAAUGUUAUUACGAUAGGACAAUAUUUGGCUAAGAUAUAACUAUUUGAAUCUGGAAUAUGAGAGCGCAAAAAAAAUCUAAUUAUUCAGAAUAUCACCUUUAAAGGUGCCCAGAUUAAGUUCUUAGCAAUGCAUAUUACUAAUCAAAAAUUAGCUUUUGAUAUAUUCACGAUAGGAAAUUUACUAAGUGUUUUCAUGUAACGUGAACUUUAAUAUUUUAAUGAUUUUUGGCAUAAAAGAAAAAUGUUUAAUUUUGACCAAUACAGUGGCAAUUGCUACAAAUAUACUGUCUGGUUUUGUGCUCAAGGGUCAUUACAUAAUGUAUAUGUGUGUAUUAUAUCUUAUCUAUCUAUCUAUGUUUAAUUACUUGUUUAGGUUAUUUAUUUAUUUACUUAUUUUGAAAACAAAACAGCAGAAAUCACCAAGUUUCCUUUAGAGAGACAUUGACUAAACUCGUGGCCAAAUCUCUGGUCUGUUUUUUUUUACCCCACAGAUCAUUAAACUGGCUGUAUACGGGAUGCUUCC